GCUGUAACCAGUAAAGCAGUUCGCCGCGCUCUCUUCGGGGUGGUGGAUUCCCAUUGGCUGAGCAGCGCGCGCAUGCGCCGGCCGGGAAAAAGAAGCCUGAAACUCUCUUCCUUCCCGGAGGAGCCGCGGUCUGAGUUUGCCAGAGCCGUGACGUCACCUGGGUCCGCGCGACGCCUUCCUCGUGUCGCGUGCGUGCGUGCCUGGUCGCCCACCUGACCCCCUCCCUCCCCCGCCUCGCGCGUUUUCUCCUCACCCAACAUGGCGGCGGGGGCCGUGGAAGAGCCGUUCCCCUUCCAGGGGCUUCUUCCCAAAAAGGAGACCGGCGCGGCCGCCUUCCUCUCCCGCUACCCGGAGCAUGACGGGCGGGGGGUGCUGGUGGCCAUUUUGGACACGGGGGUAGACCCCGGCGCCCCGGGGAUGCAGAUUACAACUGAUGGAAAACCUAAGAUAAUUGACAUAAUAGAUACAACAGGCAGUGGUGAUGUAAAUACUUCAACUGUUGUAGAAGUAAAAGACGGAGAAAUCAUUGGUCUUUCAGGAAAAACUCUGAAGAUUCCAGCUGACUGGAUAAAUCCUUCGGGGAAGUAUCACAUUGGCUUAAAAAAUGGUUAUGACUUCUAUCCUAAAGCUCUUAAGGAGAGAAUACAGAAAGAACGCAAGGAAAAGCUAUGGGAUCCUGUUCAUAGGUUGGCACUUGCAGAAGCCUGCAGGAGACAGGAUGAGUUUGAAGCUGCUCAUGUAUCUCCAUCACAGGAAAGCAAGCUAAUGAAGGAAGAGCUUCAGACUCAAGUGGAGUUGCUGAAUUCUUUUGAGAAAAAAUACAGUGAUCCUGGCCCUGUGUAUGACUGCUUGGUGUGGCAUGAUGGUGAAACUUGGCGAGCGUGUAUAGAUGCAAGUGAAUCUUGUGAUUUCCCUAACUGCACUGUUUUACGAAACUACAGAGAGGCUCAGGAAUAUGGAUCAUUUGGCACAUCAGAGAUGCUGAAUUAUUCUGUCAAUAUUUAUGAUGAAGGGAACCUACUCUCAAUUGUGACAAGUGGAGGAUCGCAUGGAACACACGUUGCUAGCAUAGCUGCUGGACAUUUUCCAGAUGAACCAGACCGGAAUGGUGUUGCCCCUGGUGCACAGAUUCUUGCAGUAAAGAUUGGUGAUACAAGAUUAAGCACCAUGGAAACUGGCACUGGUUUAAUAAGAGCUAUGAUUGAAACAAUCAAAUACAAGUGUGACCUUGUCAACUACAGUUAUGGAGAAGCAACCCACUGGCCAAAUGCUGGGAGAAUAUGUGAAGUGAUUAAUGAAGCUGUAUGGAAACAUAAUGUAAUCUAUGUUUCCAGUGCUGGUAACAAUGGGCCUUGUCUGUCUACAGUAGGAUGUCCAGGUGGAACUACAUGUAGUGUGAUUGGUGUUGGUGCCUAUGUGUCACCUGAGAUGAUGGUUGCUGAAUAUUCACUGAGAGAGAAAUUGCCUGCAAAUCAGUAUACUUGGUCAUCUCGGGGACCUAGUACUGAUGGAGCCCUGGGAGUAAGCAUCAGUGCUCCUGGAGGUGCUAUUGCAUCUGUCCCUAACUGGACUUUACGAGGGACGCAACUAAUGAAUGGCACGUCAAUGUCUUCACCUAAUGCUUGUGGCGGCAUUGCUCUAGUCUUGUCAGGGCUCAAGGCUAAUGGUGUGCAUUAUACUGUUCAUUCAGUCAGAAGAGCAUUAGAAAAUACUGCAGUACAGGUGGAAAACAUACAUGUGUUUGCCCAAGGACAUGGUAUUAUUCAGGUUGACAAAGCCUAUGACUACCUCAUUCAAAAUACAUCAUUUGCAAACAGCAUAGGUUUCACCAUUACUGUGGGAAACAACCGUGGAAUCUACCUCCGAGAUCCUUGCCAGGUAGCUGCACCUUCUGAUCAUGGUGUUGGCAUUGAACCAUUCUUUCCUGAGAAUACAGAAAAUACUGACAGGAUAUCACUCCAGCUCCAUCUAGCUUUAACUUCAAAUGCGUCUUGGGUUCAGUGCCCUACACAUCUGGAGCUCAUGAAUCAGUGUAGGCAUAUUAAUAUCCGUGUGGAUCCACGUGGCCUGCGAGAAGGAGUUCACUACACAGAGGUGUGUGGAUAUGAAAUAUCAAUGCCUAAUGCAGGUCCCCUAUUUCGAGUCCCAAUAACCGUUGUUAUACCAACAAGGACAGAUGACGCUUCACAUUAUGACCUCAAAUUUGCUGAUGUUCAUUUUAAACCUGGCCAAAUUCAAAGACACUUUAUUGAAGUUCCAUCUGGAGCAACAUGGGCUGAAGUAACAGUGCGUUCAUCAUCAUCGGAUGUAACUGCAAAGUUUGUCCUCCAUGCGGUUCAACUAGUAAAGCAAAAGGCAUAUCGUAGUCAUGAAUUCUAUAAAUUUUCUUCAAUACCAGAAAAAGGGUCAAUUUCAGAAGCAUUUCCCAUCUUGGAUGGGAGAACCAUUGAAUUUUGUAUUGCCCGUUGGUGGGCAAGCCUCAAUGAUGUCAGCAUUGAUUACACAAUUUCGUUCCAUGGCAUAGUAUGCACAACUUCACAGUUAAAUAUUCAUGCUUCAGAAGGCAUUGUGCGCUUUGAUGUUCAGUCUAUGCUGAGAUAUGAAGAUAUUGCUCCUAACGUUAAUCUCAAAAGUUGGAUUCAAACUCUAAGACCACAGAGUGCUAAAAUAAAGCCAUUAGGAUCACGAGAUGUUUUGCCAAAUAAUCGACAAUUAUAUGAGAUGAUUUUGACAUACACUUUUCACCAGCCCAAAAGUGGAGAAGUUAUUCCAAGCUGUCCUUUGCUCUGUGAACUGCUGUAUGAAUCAGAAUAUGACAGCCAGUUAUGGAUGAUCUUUGAUCAGAAUAAGAAACAGAUGGGGUCAGGAGAUGCCUAUCCUCACCAAUAUUCCGUGAAACUAGAGAAAGGUGAUUACACCAUUCGGCUACAGAUCCGUCAUGAACAGAAUAGUGAGCUGGAGCGCAUCAAGGACCUUCCAUUUAUUGUCUCUCAUAGACUCUCAAGUGUCCUGAGUUUAGAUAUUUAUGAAAGCUAUAGCCAAGCUCUCCUAGGAAAGAAGAAAGCAAACAGUAUGUCUCUGCCACCGAAACACAGCCAGCCCUUCUUUGUGACAACUUUGCCAGAUGACAAAGUGCCUAAAGGAGCAAGCCCAGGUUGUUACCUUGCAGGGUCAUUGACCCUUUCCAAGACUGAACUUGGGAAGAAAGCGGGGCAGUCUGCAGCAAAGCGACAAGGAAAGUUUAAAAAGGAUAUAAUUCCAGUUCACUAUCAUCUGAUCCCAUCACCAAUAAAAAGUAAGAAUGGCAGCAAGGAAAAAGAGAAGGAGGCAGACAAAGAGAAAGAUGUAAAGGAGGAAUUUAUUGAAGCUUUAAGGGACCUGAAGAUUCAGUGGAUGACUAAGCUUGAUACCAGUGACAUUUAUAAUGAAUUGAAAGAGGCUUUCCCUAAUCAUCUCCCCUUAUAUGUUGCACGACUUCAUCAGCUAGACUCUGAAAAGGAACGAAUGAAGAGACUAAAUGAAGUUAUUGAGGCUGCUAAUACAGUUAUUUCACAUAUCGAUCAAACAGCCCUUGCAGUUUAUCUUGCUAUGAAGACUGAUCCCAGACCUGAUGCUGCUACUAUAAAAAAUGAUAUGGAAAAGCAGAAAUCUACACUCGUAGAUGCUCUCUGUCGGAAAGGAAGCGCAUUGGCAGACCAGCUUCUGCAGUUGCAGGCCCAAGAAGGGGCUGGAUCAAGUGAUGCUGAAUGCAAGGAUGACAGCCAGGACAGCUGUUUUAAUGCUGUGAUGGAGACUUUCUGGGAGACCACAAAAUGGACUGAACUGUCUGACACCAAGGUUUUACCAUUUGCCUAUAAGCACGCACUGGUAAAUAAAAUGUAUGGUAGAGGUCUCAAGUUUGCCACAAAACUUGUAGAGGAGAAACCCACCAAAGAAAACCUGAGGAAUUGUAUACAGCUAAUGAAGUUACUUGGAUGGACUCACUGUGCAUCUUUCACUGAAAAUUGGCUUCCUGUCAUGUAUCCACCUGAUUAUUGUGUGUUUUGAAAUAAACCUGCUGUUGUAAAUUUGAGAUGUUGUCACACUGACUGGAUAUAAAAAAAUGUGAUCUUACUGGAAUGCAUGUUUCAUCCAUUAUUGAAUGCUUUAAUUGUGUGUAUUAAUCGGAGGAAGAAGGGGAUACAAUAUGUAUGUGCUAGCUUUGCUCCUGACAUCACAGUGUCUAAAUCGACAGACACUUAAGUUUCCCAGAAAAUGAAAUAAAAACCUUCAAGCAAGAUCUUCAGCAUACAUCACAUUGCUGGCAAUGGAUGUUUUGGAAUGGCCAGCACCAAGGAUUAGGAAACGGAAAUGAGAAAACGUCUUGCAUGUAUAUGUGGUUCUUAACUGUUCGUAAUUUUAACCACAUGCCUGUACAAGCUGUUCUUUUUACAACAAGCAGGAAUUUUAAUGUGUUCAAAAUAUGUUUUCAAUUGUAUAUGAAGGCCUUAAAAGUGAAGCUACAUCAGAAGUAGCUACAACCUUAUUUAUUAGACUUAACAUUAAUGGAACUUAAUUACCAGUGCAACUUGCAAGAGUUUACGUUUUGAAUUUUUUAAAAAAAUUAAAAAAAAGUUUCUCACACACUGCAAAUGUAUUCUAUAAUGCUGGUGCAAAGGUGCUCUUUAAUAUCUUCUACUUGGAGAUAUUCUCAAAUAUCCAUGCGAUACAAAGUGUCAGAAUAAACUGAUACAUGUAUAAAGUGUCAGACAGUUAACAUUAAUCAGGUAUUGUAAAACUUAUACAUACAUGUUAAUAAUGUUUGAAAAAUGUAAAACUGCAGAAUAAAUGUGCAAUUUUCAGUAUCAAAAACUUCAGCAUUCUAUGGUUUAAUUUUGUCAAGAUAAUAAAACAAUUGACAAACCUGAAA